AGUGCGGUGGCGUCGUCGAGUGACAACGGCGGGGCAGUGGGUUUGGCCGGGCCGGGGCCGGGGCAUGGGCCGGGGGGCAGCGGCGGCUCGCUCCACCACCAGCACCACGGCGCCCCCGCCCGCGGCUACCUGCACCGCCUCCAGAACAAGAAUUGCUGCCUCUGUUGGUGCUGCUGUUGCUCCUGCUCCUGGGCAAAAACUUGCCUGGCAGUUAGGAACAACCACGAAAAUGGCUCAAGAAAUAAAGACUCUAAUGAUAGUUUAGAUCCCGGCAAAUGGGACGGAGACCCUGCCGGGUCGCAAAUUAUUUAGAGACUUCCUUAAAUGUGAAUAUAGUGAAGAAAAUAUCCUAUUUUGGUUAGCGUGCGAAGAACUAAAAAAGGAGUCGAAUCCAGAAGCUAUAGAAGAAAAAGCAAGGUUUAUUUACGAAGACUAUAUUUCUAUUCUUUCGCCAAAAGAGGUGAGCCUGGACUCGAAGGUGCGGGAGACGGUGAACCAGAACAUGGUGGUGCCGACGACGCGGACGUUCGACGAGGCCCAGCUGCAGAUCUACACGCUCAUGCACCGCGACUCGUAUCCCCGCUUCGUCAACUCCCCGCUCUACCGCAAACUCGCUCAACUCUCCAACGGCGACGACAAGCCCGACCGACCCGACCCCACGCCCAGCGCCAGCACACCCACCAAAGCCUCCAGUUAAUCCCCGCCCCCUCCCACUCAUCAACCCUCUCCUCCCCCCGGCCCGGCUCCGAGCAUUCGUCUCCGAGGGCACCACACCACCUUAGUCCGCGCACACGUGGAGAAGUGAAGGAAGUGGUCGCAGAUUCUAGUGCAGCAGGCGAAAGCCAGGAACGAACAGGCAGCCGGAAACAGUGACAGGGGACUCCUGAUCGGCGCCUAAAGGAUAACCUGAGGCCGUGUAUUCGUGGCCAAAGUUUGCGCUUAUAUAGUUAUAAUCGUCGCCAAAGUAGCCGCCUAAAUACUCGUGGUCAGCUAGCUUAUUGGCGCCUAAACAGUAAUCGUAGGCCGUGUAUUCGUGGCCAAAGUUUGCGCCUGGAUAGUUGUAAUCGUCGCCAAAGUAGCCGCCUGAAUAUUCGCGGUCAGCUAGCUAUGAAAGCGCUUGAACUGAGACAAAAUUGUAUGAUUGAUACUUAAAUCUAUCAGUGCCCCCCGGGCAGGAUUCAGUUGGGCAAUGUACAGCUGUGAAAAUUGGUUGUCAGCUGGAUUUUAAGUUCAAUGUCGAAAGCCAUCUGGUUCUAGUCCUAAUCAUUCCAGGAAUAAAACUUAACAAAACCCUAAUGGUCCCUAAUUAUUGAUUAAGUAGGACAAACUGGCCCCUAAAUUUUUCCGUGAGAUUCGAACACUAGGCAGAAACAUCGAAUUUUUUCCCGGCGGGCCGGUCAAUAUUUAGGGUGGUCUUAGACCAUCAAUCUCCUCACACGGCAAAAAACCCAUAAAAUGAGGCAGUUUAAGCAAUUGUGGACCGAUUUUUCCACCUAACUUUUCGGUUCUAGUUCGCUCCUGGCAAAAGUGGGUUCACUAGGGCCUCAUUGCGUCGCUUUCCAGACGAAAGAACGUAACUGCACAUACAUCGGUAACUUUUUUACCGGUGGAAGGACCGGAGCCGGGCCUCUGCAAGCCCGUCGUUACUUUCCAUUUUAAUUUCGAUCGUUUGAUUGGUGUAUGUUCGUUUCCUCCUUUCUUUGUUCGUUUUUACUUUUUUAAUUCCUCGUCGACACUUGACAGCAGCCGAAGAGACUCGCCCGGGACGUAGCGCCGGGACGAACGUAACGCACGUAACGUAACGUAACGUUUCCGUAUCCCCGCUCUUACUCAGUUCACAGACUCGCUCGCAUGCUGAAAAUGCCGAAACGUUCAAGGAUGGAAAGAGCUGGAUCAGUUUCCUCGUCCAGAGUCGGUGACGUUCCAAGGUUGGGUGAUCCCUCUGCGCAGAAAAGCACUCGCACAAUCCACAUAAAGUUACCUAACUAUUUAGUCAAUGUUACCAUUGCGUUGAUAGUCUAAAUCAUCAUUGUUACCGGUACACAGUAUUACCUCAGUAACUAUUAAUUUUUCUCAGCUGUAACUAAACUUACCACUGCAGUUUUCGAAUUUUGCUAAGUUUGUAAGAAAUGUGUCCAGCCCAAGGACAGAUUCCAAAACUAUGGUUUCAUAGUUAUUUACUUUCUGACGUUACUUGAUUAGCUGUAUCAAACCACAUUAGUUACUUCUAAUACGUGACAUGAACAUGCAUUCCGAUUUCUUGUCAAAGUUCAUUAAGUAAUCAAGUAACGCUCCUGAUCUCUUUAUUGAUACCUGGCCGCCGUUCUCUGAAAUCUCAACAUGCAACUCCGUUUUUUUGUUGUAAAAUCGUGUGCAUCGCUCGAAUUUAUAAAUUUAUAUAAUCUCUCAUCUCUUAGAUUUUGAUGAAAUCUUAUAGAAAUAGUGGAAUCCUGUGACAGAAAAGAUUACCAAUUUUGAGAGGAAAAAAAAAAAUUACCUUGAUGAAAAUAUAAGUAAUCCUUUGGUCCACCACCCAAAAACAGGAAGAAAUCAAAAAUUGAAGGUUUUCAUCCUUCGGUGAAAUGCAUUAAAAGCACUUGAAUUCCCAUGAAUUUCUCAGAAGUAAAGUAUUCUCAAUAGCUGAAGAGACUGAAAUGAUGUUACAUUUCCGGAUUUUAAGAACAUCUUACUCUUCGAUUUGUGAAGAGUCAAAAUAUGUUCGAAUAUUCCUGUUCAAAGGUUCAUGCGACCUGAAUACAAGUCAUUUGAGAUGGGCCAUUAGACAAGGUCCGAACUAGAUUAAGCCACUUGAUUUUUCUUCUAAAUCUUCCGUCGAAAACGAUGCACACAAGGAAAGUUUGGAAAUCAGCUCCUGAACGAAAUAUUAGCAUGUAUUUUUAACACAGAUCGAAUGAAAGUCAGUUAUAAUACAAAUGACGCGAUUGCUAAUUUUUCCAUUUUAACCAAUGUUGACUGUAAACACUUCAUAUCUUGCUAAGGAAUUGAUUUUCAGACUUCUCGUGGCAUAAUUCGUUUUCCUUGUGAAGCUUUGAAAAAAAGAACAAGUUCUUCAGUGGUUUCACUCAAACCUUUGCUGGAGGCCCAUUGCAGCCUCAUAAACCCCUCUAUAACCUCGAAAACUGCGGGCCUACUUUCCCUAUGAGCCUACUUUUACUCUCACAUACGAACGGGGUGCCUAGCCUAGUGUUUAAUUGAUCGGUCUAAAUAAAUGUAACUGGUAUCACCCAAUAGUUUCCCAUUAAAUAUGAGUAUUUUCCACGAACCUUGGCGCUCACACACAACACGCACGUCUCCGAAGAAGAGAAAUGAAGUAGGUAAACUUUUUUUUUAUCGUGUGUUCCGAUACAAAUCUCGUACUUCUCAUUGUACUGCUGCUAAUUAUAUUUUUUAUAUACCUAAUUUGUAUUAUAUUUUGUUAUGAUUUACCUUGUUACUGAAUUGUAAGUGUAUAGUAAUCACUGCUACCCAAACGUAUAAUUUUAAGGCCCCACCUCUUUUUAUUAUAGGUACGCGGACCCGUCGCGAUCCGGCUUUGUAAAUAAUUUUUAAACAUACUUUUAUCAUUCUAUCAAUAUACAUAUGUUUGUAUAUUUGAGCAUUCAAGUAAUUUACAUUUGUUUUAUUUGUUUUAUAGGUGAUAAAUUUUACGUGUAGAAUAAGUGCAUUAAUUGAGCGAAUCAAUUAUGAUACUUGUAUGAUUAUUCUAGUCUGGACCAAUUCUGUUUUAAUAUCUAAUUUUAACUUCCACCGCGUGGGUGAACACUAUGCCUCAAGUUCAAAUACACCGAAUGUUUUGACGAACCAAAACGCAACUGAUUCUCCUGUUUCUUAACCUUGGAGAUCUUUCAAUAGUAAAUACCCGAACUUAUUCAAAAAUGUGUGGGUGUGCGACGGUAUGUUUUCUGAUUUGACGGGUUGAAAAGCAAUAAAUUUCAGCGGGUGAUCUGUAAAAGUGACCGAAUCAGUUUGCUCAUCUUUACUUCCUUUGUCCAAACUCGAACAUUAGCAGAAAAAAUCAAAUCACAAACAUCAAUAACUUGCCUUUCACGAUUGUCGAAUUCCUAUCUUUUAAUAAAGUCAUUAUGGAGUGAAAACUGAAAACACCGGUAAGCAAGAUUAAAAAUGUAAAACAAGCAUUGAAAAUUUUGGACGUUUUUGAGCCGUCGCAGGCUCAUUUUAAGCCGAGAAACCAAAACUGAAGAAGGAUAAAGAAUGUUAUCGAUAUGAUUUGUUUUUUGCACCUGAAAAUGAGUCCGUUACGGCUUAAAACGUAUAUUUUAUUCUUUUUUCUUUGCCUCGUUUACAUUUUAUUCCUGUGUACCAAUGUUUUGAGUUUUUUUAGUCUCUCGAGUCCUCUUUCGGGCUUUGUAAGUCACGAAUUUUAACCAUAGUGAGGAUCUCCUAACUGAUUUCCAUUUUAAGUCUGAGAAGCAGAAUUUACUUUAGGGCACCAUCUUUUUCCUUCUGCCUUCAAUAAAGAACGUAAUCAACAUCAUCUCCCAGAUGCGCGAAUAGUUGCAUUGAAACUUGAACCGUAAUCAGCUCGAUCUUUUUGGAUAGGGUAGUGAUUCUCUCAGCCCUGUUCAUCUUUGUGCUCGUUCUCGUAUUAUCUUAUUUAAAUCCAUGAGACAGAGCCGUACUCAAUCGAAAAUCCCUCAAAAUUGUAUUUGAUGUAAGUCGUCAAUAUGCCCGGCAUUGUAGGAAGUCGAGAAAAUUUGACGUUUAGAUUAUUAUCAGAUAUGCAUCACCUCAAUAUUGUGAUAAAGCACAAUUAUGACUAGUGCCGAUUUUGAAAAUGUUCAGGGAUAUUUAGGGAUCACAGCACUGGCCCGCCUCAAAGCAAUAGAGAAUUAACUUGAAUUUGAAGGUAUUCGUUUCAUGAGACUUCAUUCAAAGAGGAGGCCAUUCAACCGACGUUAAGAGUAUGACAGCAUACCUCCCAGCUAUUAUAUCAUUGACAGGAGCUCAAAGCUCACAGAGUGCUGAAGGCUUUUGGGAUACACAAGGACUCCGCCAAAGUGAGGGAAGAUAAAAUAAAAGAACCGGAAUUUAAUGCAAAGAAAAUGAAAGAAGGUACCGAUAGAAAUUUUCCUCUUUUUUACUGGAAAAAGCGUUGAAUCAAAAUAUUUCAUCGUCAAAAUUAUCGUAAAAAUUGAUCGAUCUCAUUAGUUUUCUACCCUUGAACAUUGAUCUACUCUGCGAAUGAAGUGAAGUUUCAGCCUAAGCAGUUCCCCGCCCCAAAUAUUUCGCGAUUUCCCCGGGGGAGGAUUGCUAUUGGUUGUUGAAUUUAGCUGUUGACAACCAGGAAAAAGCUCAAAUGAUAUUUCACCCUGACGAUGAAUUGAAAAAGAGAGGAUUGAGUCUUGAUAAGUCAUGUUAGCUUUUUUCUUCUUUUUUUGCGGUAAAUCAUGCACCGUUUUUAACCAAAGGGAAUUUGAGCAAUAACAAUAUUUACGACCGUUCAGACAGGUCCUGAAGAAGUCACCCUUCAAAUCCUCAGCGAAAGUCCCGAAAGGAGUUGGUGAGAGUAAAUUUUUUCUCUCUGAAUACUAUUACUAAUACCGAACUUUUUGGAACUUGUUCCAAAUAUUUCAAUGUUUCUCCUUAAUUUACUCUGUUAGUUCCAUGAAAAGCAUCAGAAAACGUAUCUAAGCUCCCCUUUAUCCCCAUCAUCAAAUGUCAACCGUAUACAUGUUUUCAAACGUACCGUAUGUCACACAUAUAUACAAAACAAUCUUCGUAUCAAUCUAAAAUAGAGUGUCUGUAGUGUUCGCGAGGUACUCUAGCAUCAUCUCUAAUGCCAGGCAGCCCGGCUUGACUGAAAAAAAUUGUAUGUGUCCUAACUAAAUGAGUGUCAAAACAUUUUCUAGAAUUUGUCAGGCCGCCCACGUAAUGUAGCUAUGAAAAAUUUGAGUUUGAAAACAUCAUCUACCUGAAACUUUUUGAUUAUGUGUAAAUUGCACUGCCUCAUUGCUACCGUUUUUUCUCUUCUGUUGAAAUUACUCUUCCUUUGGUCA